CAUCGCCAUCGGAUCCCCCCUUCUUCCCCUCCUCCUCUGGGGAUUUUUCUCGAAAUUAGAGCGCAACACUGAGGGCACUUGUGCGAGAGCCAUCGCUAGCUGUCCCUCUUCACUAUACCUGACUCCCUUUUGGCCGUGUAUCUUUCUUUCUUUUUCUUUCUUUCUUUCUUUCUUUGAAGUUGAUUUAAUAAUAAGUGGAUGGAGGAGGUGGAGGACAACAACAACGACGAAGAGAGAUGAGAUCGGACUGGGAUCUUGACGACUUCUGGAGGCCCGUCGUCGACUCCGACGAGGGGAGCCGAGCUCGAGGAUCUUCUCCUCGCUUCCCCGCUCAAAGCUAGGGUUUGUGCCGACUCCGAUGACGGAGCAGCAACAGGAGGAGGAGGACGAGGCAUCUCCUUCGCUGAUGUUUACGCCUUGGGAUUCAUCGCCAGCCAUGAUCAUGAUGGGAAGGGAGUCGGGGAAAGGCAAAGAAAAGGGAAUAUAUGCAGGGAUGAUAUGCUGGGCAGCCAUGAAAGUGGUGGUCAAACGACAGGAACAACCCAGAUAUGGUCUCAGAAUCACACUACAACAACUCCCCGCAAGCAUUCUAGCAUCUCAGCAAACCUCGAAUCUCAGUCUUCCUUGUGUACUGGGAGCCCAACUUCAUCUCUAAAGCCUAAAGGUCAUGUAGAAAUCCAGACACCUGCAGCAGGAGGAGGAGGCACCAGUGGUUCGGAACAAUCAGAUGACGAGUAUUCCUUGGAGAUAGAUGCUGGCUCAUGUGACAACCCUAAUGUUACUGAUUUGAAACGCAUGAGAAGGAUGGUGUCUAAUCGUGAAUCUGCAAGAAGGUCGAGAAAGAGAAAGCAGGCACAUCUAGCUGAUCUUGAGCUGCAGGUUGAUCAGCUAAGGGGAGAAAACGCUUCGUUAUAUAAACAGCUGACAGAUGCGAAUCAUGAAUUUGGUGAUGCAGUCACUGACAACAGGGUGCUCAAAUCGGACGUGGAAGCUCUGAGGGUAAAGGUGAAGAUGGCAGAGGACCUGGUAACGAGAGGGUCGCUAACAUGUAGCCUAGACCAUCUCCUCCAAACCCAAAUAGCAGUGCCUCCAAACCCACCUGCUCUCACAAAUCUGCACUCGUCACCAGUAACUGGGCAGGUUCAAGCUAUGGGACUGAACCAGAGCUCCCCACUGCAGAGCAUUACAACAAGCUUGGACAACAUAGAGAGUAGACUUUCAACCGAGAUCACCAGUUGCGCUUGGUCCUGGGACUCCCAUACAACACCUAAUGUUAAUAUGUCCAAGCAAUUCUAGAACACAACAUGUCCAAUAAGAUGAUAUUUUUGGUGACUUGGUAUUUAUUGCUAGUGUGCUAAAGAUCGUCUGUAUGAAGAAUCGUAUCUGGGGCUCUAGCUCCUUAAUUAGAAGUGAUAAUUACAAAAAGGCUGGAACAGUUGGGGUUGUAAGGCAGCUUAUUAUUACUACUGCAUCUGGAAGAUA